AUGGGUGUAUUCGAAGCUUUAUUCUUGUUGUUUGCGUCUCAGGCGUUGGCCGCGCCUGUCGAUAGCCAAGAGGGCACAAAGAAUGCCGCCGGCCAGAAUGGCAUCCUGCACCUACCUUUGGUCCCUAUCGCAAGAGAAGUCGAUGCCAGAGAUAUUGCGAAGCGUGAAAUCUCAACUCCUGUUGACUAUUUCAAAUAUGAAGGACCUAAACCAGCCACGUCUGUGGGCAUCGUUUUGGAGAUCGGGCAACCGCCGCAAAAGGUCAUCGCCCUCUCUUCUUUCAGCUUCAUGGUUCGAGUCCCAUCGUCUUGUUUUGCUUCUCUUUCGGUUGAAGAUUCGUCUGCCGGCACAAUGGCUCCCGGAAGCGCAAUUGGUAUAAGCUACCAAGACCAGAUCAAGAGCAACUGCCGCAUGUAUCUCGGCCGUGAUGCCAAAAUACACAUCAUCACGGCUUUGGACGCAGAACACUCGCCUCCCUGGGCAGGCUACCUGGUGCAAGACGACGCCCGAGGCCAAGUCUGUGUGCUCUCCGCCGAGGGAAACACGGUACAAGAGGUGUUUACCAAGAUGCACAGCGCAUCCGCUCGCGCCGUGCAGCGCUACAUCAAGGCCAAUGGGUUCCAGGCCGCCGAGGGGGGGCUCGAGAAGAAGGCCAAGAGUCGGAGGGGGAGAGCCUCCCCAACUUAUGAAGACUACCUGGAUUCGUCUUCUGAUGGCGAGGACGACGGCAACGUGUCCGACGCCUCGACGAGGUCAACGCGGAGCAGCAUCGUCUCUUCCAAGUCUACCGGUCCGGUUCUCACGCCGCCCACCACGACGGGCUCGACGACGGCAUCGCCAGAGCGCUUCGCCGCCAGCGCAAGCUCUGUUCACGUCAUGAAUCCGGUGCCACCGCCCCCUGCUGUCCCGGUGCUGCCACCCCCGGGCUGGCCCAAUCGAUGCAACAUGGCGAUGCAUGGUCCUCUUCCUCCUCCUCCGCCGCCGCCACCUGCUGCGGCUCGAGUGUUCCAGCCUGCAUCCAUGGUACCGCCGCCGCUUUCGUACCUAGCCACGUACCCCGUGAUCCUGACGUUCAAGUCCAAGGUCUAUGGCGAGCUGAUGGUUCUGGAUAGGUGUAGCCUGGACUACGUCUUCAUCGUGACGCGGGCCUGCGAGAUCCUUCUCGACCGGUUCCAUGAGUUCUCCAGGGCCCCCGCCGUCCUGCCUUCCAGGCUGCAGAUUCGACAGAUGCGCCGCGAGAUUGAGAGCGUUACCGUCAAUGGGGAGAAGUAUGUCCUUGGCGGCAGGCAUUUCGAUUUGUCGGCGUUGCCAUUGGGCCCGGCACCCAAGGGUCUGAAGAUUGUGCUUUCGGUGCACGACGCUGGGAGUUGA